GAGGAGAGAGAGACUAGGGAGAGCUACUUUGGCCUCAGUGUGCCGGGCAGUCGCUAACCUAUAUGAGACUGAGCCCUGAAGUGUGUGUGUUGUUGUUGUGUUGCCUCGCCGGGACUUGAGAUUGACAGGAAUGGAUUUUCUCCUGGAUUCUGGCUAACAUUUGAUGGAUUCUACGCUCUCCUCUGCCCUGAAGCCAAACCCGACAGGAACUACCCCACCAUCCCGGAUCUGAGAACAGGAGGGGGACACACACCCCACGGAGCCUGGAGCCCAUUGCCAUGGCGAUGACGGCCCUGUUCAGGGGCAAGUGGGGUCAAAAGUCGCAGGAGCCACCUGACAAGCAGCCCGCAGCACCGGUGCACUCCACCAACCACGAGGAGGAAGAGGAGGAUGACAGGGUCAUCGCCCCCAUCCGCAGGAACUCCCGCUUCUACCGUUCCAUGAGGAAGAAGAGGCUGGCCUCGUCAGAACAACUUGAAAGCCCUGCAGUCUCUCUGAGGCCUGGUCCAGAGCCCAGCCCAGGCAGCAGGUCAGGCAGCAGCUCCCUCUGUGUCCCUGAUCUCCAGAAACCUCCGCUAUCUCCCCGGGCACGACGUACGCCAACCUCUCCACGUCCACUCCAUUCCGGACCUGUGUUGCCAAGCAACGGGGAGCUCAGGAGCCCACACACACUUACAAGCGGGGCCUCUUCCCCUCUUUGGACUAGGAGAGGAGGAGGAGGAGGAGGGAGGAAGGGUGCAGAUGCUUCUCCAGCUCGCGGUCAGUGUGGAGGGGGCUCCACUUCCUCCUCCUCCGUUUCUAGCGCUCGGUUGUACCGGACGCACGGCAUGCACACACACACCGAAGACAUGGAGAGCCUCUCAGAACGCACUGCAACCGCCUGCUCCGUACGGGAGCCCAGAGGGGACACACAGUCACCGCAACCAGCGGAGGAGGAAGUCAAUGAAGAGGGCGUCAAACUCAGGUUGGUGAGCAACAGGGAAAGAGCGAGCUCAACACCAUUGAAAGUAGAACCCAUCUGCUACAGUCUCAACAUUGUCAAGAACGUUGCCUUCCUGUACCAGGAGUACCGGGACACAUCCAAGCAGCAGGAAAUCGAGCAUCGACGGCAGCAGGAUGGGUUGACCUCGGGGGUCAGCGCGGGGUUAGGGGUGACGUCCCCACCGGCCCUGCAGCUGCAGCUGAGGAACAACUCUCGCUCUCUGAGCCUGUGGCAGAACCUGGAGGUCGUGCAGCAGAGCGGCCUGCUUACCCAGCUACCGCAGAAAGAGGUCAUCAUACAAGAGGCCAUGUUUGAGCUGGUGACCUCAGAGGCAUCCUACUACAAGAGUCUGGAGGUGCUGGAGACCCACUUCCUGAAGAACCCUGUGCUGGUCAACACACUCAGCCAAUCAGACAUGCACUUCCUGUUCUCCAACAUUGAGGAGGUGAUGAAGGCCAGUGAGAGGUUCCUGAUGGACCUGGAGAACCGCAUCGAACAGUCCCUCCAGAUCUCAGAGGUGUGUGACAUCGUCCACCACCACGCAGUCCAUCACUUCCACGUCUUUAUCACCUACGUCAUCAACCAGGUGUAUCAGGAGAAGAACUACCGACGCAUUCUACAGGGAAACCAGUCAUUCCGUGAGGCCAUGGCUAAGCUGGAGAACCAGCCGCAUGUCCGAGGUCUCUCCUUCACCUCCUUCCUCAUCCUCCCCUUCCAGAGGAUCACAAGACUCAAAAUGCUGGUCCAGAACAUUCUGAAGAAGGCGGAGGAGAAUUCAAAGAUGGAGGCCAAUGCCAUCAAGGCUCACCAUCAGCUGGAGCAGAUUGUGAAGGAGUGCAACGAGGGUGUGAGGAAGAUGAGUCGUACAGAGGAACUCAUCAGCAUUGAGAAAACACUGGAGUUCAAGUCUAAGUCGGUGCCGGUGAUCUCCCACUCCCGCUGGCUGCUGAAGAAGGGUGAGGUGCAGCAGAUGACCGGGCCAAAGAGCACUAGGACCAUGCGGAGUAAGAAGCUCCACCACCCUGUCUACCUGUUCCUCUUCAACAACCUGCUGCUCAUCACCAAGCGCAGCUCCAGUGGUGAGAAGUUCCAGGUGCUGGACUCGUGCACGCGGGCCAUGCUGAGGACUGAGGACAUGGAAGACCAGGGUCAGAUGCUGGCUAACGUGUUUAACCUGAAACUUCUAGAAAACCAGGAGGAGAGGCAUGCCAACUACAUGCUCAAGACCUCCAGCAUGAGUGAUAAGCUGCGCUGGAUCUGUGCUCUCACGCCAAACCGCCGCACGCGAUUCAUGUCCACCAGCGCCCACCAACCAGCCUCUCCUCAGGUCCAGUGUAUUCAGUCAUACUCGUCUCAAGAGCCAGAUGAGCUGUCCAUUGAGAUGGCUGACGUGUUGAACAUCCUGGAGAGGACAGAUGACUGGAUGAUGGGUGAGAGGCUCCAUGAUGGAGAGAAGGGCUGGUUCCCCUGUCGGGUAGUAGAGGAGAUCAAGAACCAGGAAGUGCGGGCCCAGAACCUCAGGGAGUGCCAGAGGAUCCACCUGGCCCAGGAAGGGGGCGCUUCCUCAGGGGCCAGGCUGGGCUCCAGGGGUGGCAGACGCACCCCCAAAACUCCCAAAGUUUCAAAUUUCUUCGGUACCUGGACUGACCAGUCAGAGGAGGAACAGUGAAGCACAUGAUAUUCCACCCUGAAAGUGAUUGGUUGGAACCCCCUGGCAUCAAUUUUACUGGACCACAUGGAUCAAAUGACAGAGAUCAUGUGAUGUGAGCAUGGGAUUGCAUUGGAAGAAAGUGGCAUCAUGCAAUGACAUUAUUUCCUAUUAACUGUUUCCCUUUCUCAGGUGGUUUUGGUGUGCCAGGUUUUAGGGUCCCAGGCUCCAGGGUUUAGGGUCCUAGGCUCCAGGGUUUAGGGUCCUAGGCUCCAGGGUUAAGGGUCCUAGGCUCCAGGGUUUAGGGUCCUAGGCUCCAGGGUUUAGGGUCCCAGGCUCCAGGGUUUAGGGUCCUACGAUCAGAUCAGAGACAUUAUUUCCUAUUAACUGUUUCCCUUUCGCAGGUGGUUUUGGUGUGCCAGGUUUUAGGGUCCCAGGCUCCAUGGUUUAGGGUCCUAGGCUCCAGGGUUUAGGGUCCUAGGGUCCAGGGUUUAGGGUCCUAGGCUCCAGGGUUUAGGGUUCUAGGCUCCAGGGUUUAGGGUCCUAGGCUCCAGGGUUUAGGGUCCCAGGCUCCAGGGUUUAGGGUCCUACGAUCAGAGUACUCCUUCCAUAACUCCAACGCACUGCAUGUCUUACACUACUUCCAGUGGAAUGAUUCAGCAAUAACAGUCUAACUGUAAAACAAGGCUCCGGUGGAACAGGAGCUAUGCAUGUGAUGGGAGAAGAAAACCACAGAAACAGUUCUCAAGGGGAUGGUAACAUGUGAAUAUAUCAUAACCUUGCCUCAACUGCAUGGGCCAAUUUUUGUAAAUUUUUUUUGAAGAGCUUCUUUGUUAGAGAUUUAAUUCCCCCAGAACAAUGGCUUGACGAUCCACCCCUUUGUAAAGAGCAACUCCUCUAUUGAAACCAUACAAGAAGCACGUUUUAAAAUCCGCCCACCAGCACUGAAUGGAAAUUAACCGUGAAUGUUUCAUGAUUCUGUACAGUAAAUAGAACAAUCACAUGACAGAGUGCUCAGUAUUGGGCUGGAGGUAAUUGACUGGAGAAGACGAGCCCUACAGAUUCACAGGCCUUGCUUAAUCAGUGGACGUGUUCUUGGGGCCAGUUCCCUUGCCAAUACUGAUAUGCCACUUACACAUGCACACUGACAUACGCACGCACACACACACACACUUGGGUAAAUGCUGCACAACUUCUCCAACGUCAAAAACCCUCCACAGACACCUGGUCCUGAAGCAUCUGCACAGAAUGGGCCAGCACACCGACAGCACUGGAAUGGCAUGCGAGUGACAAAACGUGUGUGUAUGAUGAGUAUGUGAACGUGUACAUACUGUAUGCCUUGAAUGUUCAAUAUAUAAUUACUGAAACAUUGUGUAAUUUAAUUAUGUAAGAAGUAAUUUAUUGUUAAUAAAAUCUAAAUCUGAAAUUCAAA